CUUCUAUUUACCAACGCCCAUGUCACUUUGGAGAAAGAACAAGUUUAUUGAUCGUAAUAAUGUGUCUCGUUGAUACGUGCAUUUUCUGUGGUGACGUUUUGUAAACCGACGACGUUUACGGGAAAUGACGAGUACUGAACCGGGGGGGUGAACGAUGAUAAUCAUAAGUUGCGGCUUCUUGGAGACGUCUUAUGGUUUUAUGCUGUUCGGCGAUGAAUGCUAUUGGUAUAAUUGUUUGAUUUCUCACGUCAAAUACGCGAACUUGAAUAGCAUUUGAGAGUUCGCCAACAUAUUAUUUGACUAUUCCCAUGUUUAUUUAACGUGUGCUGUGUAACAGAAGGCCAGAAAUCGAACUGGUAACUAACUAGUUCCCUCUUGUCGGAAUGCAACAGACAGAUGAAUUUAAGAAAAAUAUUCACGAUGAUUAUGACAUCGAGGAAGAGUUGGGAAGCGGACAGUUUGCUGUUGUUCGUAAGAUUGUCGAAAAAACAGGCGACGAGUUUGCGGCUAAAUAUGUGCGCAAGAAGCGAACAAAGGCCAGUCGUAAUGGGAUGAGUCGCGAAGAUAUCAAACGUGAAAUAGAAAUUUUACGAAUGGUGGACAGCGAAAAGAUAAUCAAAGUUCACGAUAUUUACGAGACAGACAAGGAGAUUAUUCUUGUCAUGGAAUUAUUGAGAGGAGGCGAACUCUUUGACUAUAUUUCAAAGAAGGAUUAUCUGACAGAGGAGGAAGCUAUCGACUUUACUCGACAAAUUCUUCAAGGUUUACAGCAUUUGCAUAGUCGAAAUGUUGUCCAUUUGGACCUGAAGCCUGAAAACAUCUUGUUAAAAAAUACACGAAGGAAGACCAUCAAGUUGGUUGAUUUUGGUCUCGCACGUGUUGUGAACCAGAAUGAGCAAGUUCGAGAAAUAAUGGGAACACCUGAAUUUGUCGCUCCUGAAGUGUUGAACUUUGACACAAUUAGCACUGCAACAGAUAUGUGGGCUUUGGGUGUCAUAGCCUAUAUUCUUCUGAGUGGUGCAUCUCCUUUUCUUGGUGAAGACAACCAGGAAACAUUUACGAACAUCAUCCAAGUGGACUAUCAAUUUGACGAAGAGUACUUCUCUGAAAUUAGCGACGAAGCCAAAGAUUUUAUAAAAAAGCUACUUGUAAAAAAUCCAAGGAAACGCCCGUCGGCUCACGAUUGCUCUCGCCAUCCUUGGGUUGAGGAUGAGGUUGUGGAUAAAAAGAAGAAACAGAGACGGCGAACUACGCAGAUUUGCACGUUCAACUUCAAGAGAUUUGUUGCGAGAAAAAGAUGGAAGAUGUCAUAUAACAAGAUUCGUGCGAUGAAUUUGAUCGCAAAAUUAGGCAUCAAACCUCCGCCAGGAUUCAUCACAGAAAUUCCGCCAAUGAAUGAAGUUGAGAGCGAAAUAGUCGAACCCAAGGUUGUCGAAGAGAAGCGUCAUAAGGAACAUAAGAAAAACGUGUCGACCAUUCAUCGUAAGAAAAACAAACAAUCUAGCACAAACAAACCGACUUCCGAGAAAAACGAUUCUCUCAGUCUGAAGACAAUGGACAUUGAUAUUGGAGAGGCAGAAAACAACGCGACGGAGGAGCCUGAACCCGAGCUUGAGAAUGAAGUGAAGGUGGACGAGGAGGAGCGGGCUUCACCGGAUCCAGUUGAUUAUGGCUGCAUGUCGAAACGUGAAAAACGCCGUGCUAGAGGACAACUUUUAGUCAACGAUAUUGCAAAGUCCAAGAAAGAAAUUGACGCUAAACAGUCUGAAGUUGAGCCCGCGGAUCAUGUCGUCAGUGUAAACAAUAAUCGUGGUUCAUCCGUAUUUGACGUUGACGUCACUUCUGAGCCCGUGGAAGAAAAGCCAGCGGAGGAACGUAAGAGUUCGGUAACAAGUACGGUGCAUAUUGAACGUAAGCCUCUUGCAGUCACCCCCAGCGUGGGUGCUUGUAAGAAGACGAAAGCUAGCCGUAUUCCUAGUACUGAAGAUCAUUAUUUUGUCACAUUGAAUGCUGCUUUACUCCAACAAGAGGAGUCGAUAUACACAGCACGGAUACAGAGUCCACGGCCACGCGGGAUACUAAAACAAACGACUGGCACACCGACCGAUGUUAACAAGCCAACAGAGAAUAAAAAGGUGUCAGAUUUUACCGCUGUUGUACAAGUGACGAAGAACAAGGACACUGGAGAUAAAAAUGAUACGACAAUGACAACAUCUCCAGAAACCGCUGCCGAAAAGGUCGCACCUGGUGCUAGAGAGACAUCUUUAACUACAUCCCGUUCUUCUUCGCCGGCGCUCAAAAAAUUUGAAAGUGCAACUUCUCCGAAGAAGAAGUUUAAUCCCCCACCGUGGCAGAAAAAACCCAGCCGUGAGAGCAUAAAAGUGACGGCUUUACAAGGCGUAUCUAAUGUUUCUGUCAAAACAAAUCGCUUUAUGACAAAUGGAAACCAGGCUUCGAGGCCACGGUCGCCAUCCACCAGUAAUCCUGGAGCUAUCAAGACAUCGAAUGUUCUUGGAAAGAGUAAGUUGUUUCAGAACAAUGGAAAUAAAGAAGAAAGUAAAAAAGGAGCUGUCGGUAAGAUCAACUCCAAUGACACAUUAAACAAAGUUUCUUGUGAUAUAAAGAGCGAUGGCGUUUCUGACAUUUCUUCUUGUAAAGAAAAUGAUUUGAGUGAGACUCACACAGCUAGCCCCGUGAAUUUGGAUGGAGAAACGAAUGCGAAGCCUGGAGACGAGACAAAAUCGAAACAAUCACCAGAUAUUGAAUCUAGUUCCGACUCCACUCCAAUGAAAAACGGUGAAAUACCCGAGAAAAGUCGACGCGAAUCUUUUCAAAGCGUGCUCACACUGUCUCCUGUCAACAAAGCUGAAGUCGCCGAAGAGAAAGGAAAUCUCACUCCGGAUGUUAAAGACGAAUUAAAAUGUGUAUCAACCAAUAGUUUAACCGAAUUUACCAUCAGACCUCGUGGAAACUCGGGCGAUAAUGACAAACCAGGUGGAUUUGAUGUUAUGCUGUCUGUUACUUCAUCUGCCGACAUAGAAUCUCACGAAAGCGGACCUGAAACACGCGUGGCUUCCACGCGUUUUACCUCCUCGUCGUCGUCACUGCCUAAUCCCCGUUUGGGACUUCUUAACGGCAAGUUGGCAUCGCUGAGUACGAAUGAUGUAACAGCCGUUGAACGUCACAGCGUGGCGGCUCAUGGCGGAACUUACACACCGCAAAGAGACUUCUCAAAAUAUCUAAAUAAUAAUGCAUCAAAAUCGUUUAAAACGAAGGAAGUAUCUAGUACAAACCAGAAACCAUCGUGGCAGAUAAACCGUAAUAAUCCUUCUGAAUCCACCAUUAUACCUAUGAAGACCACUGCCACCCCUACGACGAAACCGACCUCGGUUACUGCAAAGAAUGCGCCUGUCAAAAUCUCGAUUGCAAUGCCUAAAGGUAAGAAACCUAACAUUGUUUCCUCUGGUUACGUGCCAACAAGAUCGUUUGGUUUUGCAACAAGAGGCAGUUCACAGUCCGAAGUUGUCCCGGAAACAACAAAGUCGGAUGAUUUAGCGAAGUUGAACAAUAACGACGAUUCUAAACGCUUGUCACAGUCAUCCUAUACUAGUGAACGCUCUGGGAGUUCGGGUUCUGACGAACUAUCUGUUAGCAACAUCACUGCAGAGAAUAAUGCACUGAAUCGUACUGUUUUUUUGGAAGCAGCCAAUAAGAAUGAAAAUCACACCGGUCAUUCACGUGAUAGCUUCGGGGGGAAGAAAAAUGGAAAGCUACUCGUGCUUCCGGAAGGAACCGAGAGGAUUCCGUCGACGAGGGAUCGCGAUAUUCGGAUAUCGUCGAAAAACGCUCCCCAUAAGAAGAAUUUCGUUAACGUGCGUUCAAUGUGGGAAGGAAAGUAGGAAUUGAGAAGUUAUAAUAACGAGUUGAUUUCAUUCAACAUUUGAGGUGAAUCGUGUAGUUUGUAAAAUAGAUGAAAAUGAAGUGUGAAGGCAAGGAGGCGCAACGCAUUGGCAAUAUAAAUAUAUAUAAAUACAGUAUCUUAUUUUUAUAUGAGUUAUUAUAAAAGAGACUUUGCACUGUAUUAAUUUAUAUUAAAUAUAAAAUUUUGGGAAAUUUUUGCACAUAUCCCUCACAAUACGAUCAAUAAAUUAAAAGCAGUA